AUGUUCAGGUUUUUAGUUGCCAAAAGAUUUGCGUCAGGCGGAUAUCAUGGAGUCAAUCAGGUAUCACUUCCGCAGCGCCCUUUGAAAAAAAUUCGCUUGGGUAGAGCCAGACCAGCGAUUUAUCAUAAGUUUGAAGUACAAGUGGAAUUGAGUGAUGGAAGCGUUGUAACGCGUAGAUCUCAGUUUCCUAAAAAUGAAAUAAGGCUGAUUCAGGAUCAAAGAAACAACCCGCUAUGGAAUGAAAGCAGGGAUGACCUUGCAGUCGUGGAUGCCAAUGCAGGAGGACGUCUUGAGAGGUUUAAAGAGAAGUACGACUCGAUGUUUAGUAUUGAGAAAGAAGUAAAGGGAGAGCAGAAAUUCCAGAAAGCCGCACAAGACGCUUCUUCGCAGAAAGAAGCAGAAGACAGUUUUGGCAUGGACGAUUAUUUGACUUUGCUGAAUACGAAUGCACAACAAGUGCAGAGCGGGGGGAAGCUCGCGGGAAAGAAAAGGGACAAGAAAUGA